AAGAGCCAGCAACGGCUGUGAGGUUUGCCACACUGCCUUCAUCCAGCAGAGCAGUAAGAGCAAAGCCAGAGACCAACAGAAAAACUGAGCAUUCACCGAGGGCAAGGCUGCAUAUUGCAGUCUCAGUCUUGCGGUGCUUUCUGCUGCUAUCCCUCAUUCAGAUCAUCUAGGUAGCACACUAACAAGCAACAAGAAUGGAUGUCUUUAAGAAAGGUUUCUCGAUUGCUAAAGAAGGUGUGGUGGCAGCUGCAGAAAAGACCAAGCAGGGAGUGACAGAGGCUGCAGAGAAGACUAAAGAAGGGGUGAUGUACGUAGGUACCAAAACCAAAGAAGGCGUAGUGCAAAGUGUGACCUCAGUUGCUGAGAAGACCAAAGAGCAGGCCAAUGUGGUGGGAGAAGCUGUAGUAGCCAGUGUGAAUACAGUGGCAAACAAGACUGUAGAAGGAGCAGAGACCAUUGUUGCCACUACUGGUGUUGUAAAAAAGGAGGACCUGGCUGCACCGAAGCCAGCCCAGGAGCCAGAGGCAGCAGGGGAGGGGGCUCUGGAGGCCAGCACAGGCAGCGGUGGAGAGGGUGAAAAUGAAGGCAAUUAAUCAACUUAGGGACUUCUGGUUCAAAAGAGAACAUUCUGAGAGCAUUCCAAGAGCUUAAAAGGAAAUAUUAGCUAAAACUACAACAGGAAAAUCCCACUCUCUAUAGGUUAAUUACAUUCAGCUCUGUAGUCUUUCACUUGCCUUACAAUCCAAUGGUACAGCAUAUGUAAACCAGAUUCCUUGGCUUGUAAGCAAGGUACUGGCAUGUACUGAGGUGUGUGUCUCCCGCCCCACCUUCCUCGUGGCUUCCCGACCCGCUCGCAUCGCGUGUUUUGGUCGGCCUCACAGACCUGUGUUUCGUGUCCAUCUGCACUGGCACUUGGGAUCUCUAGGUCUC